AUGUUGGAAGUCCGGCAGAAGAACUACGUGCUAGCCUGUCGGUUCUUCGUUCACGUCAACUUGCUGAACAUUUUGCUGGAAGUGGUCGGCAUGUCUCAGAAUCCGAGCAUGGUUGCCUCGGCGCGAGUGGCGAUGUUGGUGGCAGUCCACUUCUUUCAGUGGGCCGUUGCAACGGGAGCCUAUCAUCUGACGAAGCAGGAGGUCAGGCUGUUCUCCGCCGGCAUGUACCUGUCGUUCGUGGUCUUUGUGCUUGUGGCUCCUUCUGAAAUUGGCACAGCAUAUGGCCUGAUGAUACAAGGCUUCAAGAUCGUGAGCAGGCUGAUCAUGACCAGCAUCUUCAUCGACACAAGGCUGUCAUUCAUUUGCCAAUCCUUGAUUUCUAGUGCUUCUUUGAUCUCGGAGCUGAUGAUCCACGGCACUGGUCAACUUCCCUACAUGAUGGCGGUGUUCAUGGAGUUCCAGUACUUCGUGGCGUGUAUGACGCUGUCAGUUGUGCUGGAACUUCUCCUCCGCUCCCGCAUCCAAGCACUCUUGGACUCAGCGGAUGCUGAAACCCUGGUGUCCAGCUUCCGCCGUGUGCUCCGUGGGAUUUGCGAUGGAGAUGUCCUCCUUGCCGGCAACAUGACGAUUCACGGUGCUGGUGACUGCCUGCAAAACUUGCUUAUGAAUAGAGCGAAUCUACAUGGCAAGGCCUUUGACCAGCUGUUGCCAGCAGAUGAUCGUGAACCCUUUUCCAGCUUCAUCGAAGCCUCCACGAAAGCUGCUGCACAGCCGGAGGGGGCUGCAAACCCACCGACAUGCAUGCGCGUCACCCUUUGCGGUGCUUCCAACACGCGCGUGCGGGCCGACAUUUUUCAUGUCCCUGUGCCACAUCUUUUUGGCUCGGAUACUCCGUACCAUUUGUUGGCAAUCAGUGAGGACUCGGAGUCCCGAAAUGUUCCUGCAGAUUUUGCAGCCUUUGAAGCAGAGAAGAUCAACAGAGAUGUUGAGCGAAUGAGGUCCCGAGCCCGAGCGGCCUCGUCAAACUCGAGUUCGGCAAGCGGAAGUUCUGUCUGGCAGCCGCUACCGGAACUCUCGGGCAUGAUGUUGCUGGUCGACGGUUCCAGCCCUUUACUCGACAUCGAGCAAGCCCACCUCAGCUUUGAACGCCGGGCCGGUGAUGAGGAAGCCGAGUCGAGCAUGCCGAGUCUUCGAAAGUUUUGUCGGCCGACAGACUGGGAGUCCAUCCGGCGCAAGCUUGACAGGUUCGUGCAGUGCACCCUCCAGAAUGAGAAGGAGCACAGCGCACACUUAAAGAAGAUCUGCCUCAGAAUGCCGGAUGACCCGAGAAAGUUUGUGAAGGCGAAGCGUGUGCAACUCAGCGCCUUUCACUCACCGCAUCCGGCGCAGACAGAGACCUCUAUGCAACUGAAGGUCUGCCUCCAGCUCAGCGACUUCGUUCAAGACGAGUCUCGCCAACGUCAGCAUCCAGAACUCGUUGGCAUCCAAGAGUCACGUCUCGGACACGCAAGACUAUAG